GCGCCGGGCGGGCACCUAACGCCCCCGAGACCAACCAUUUCCGACGCAAAACCCCCCCAAGACUCCGUGACACCCGCAGCAGUGUCUCGCUCGUGACGCACCCGGAGCGGAGAAGAGCAGAACCGUGAGCAGAGGCAUGGACGCCGCGGCGGAGCUGGAGCUGGAGCUGGAGCAGAAGCCGGCGGUGGGGUACUGGGGCGUGGUUGGCGCGCGGCCCUGCGACGCGUGCGCGGCGGAGCCGGCGCGGCUGCACUGCCGCGCGGACGGUGCGUUCCUGUGCCCCGGGUGCGACGCCCGCGCGCACGGCGCCGGGUCGCGCCACGCGCGCGUCUGGCUCUGCGAGGUCUGCGAGCACGCCCCCGCCGCCGUCACGUGCCGCGCCGACGCCGCCGCGCUCUGCGCCGCCUGCGACGCCGACAUCCACUCGGCGAACCCGCUCGCGCGCCGACACGAGCGGGUCCCCGUCGCGCCCUUCUUCGGCGCGCUCGCCGACGCGCCGCAGCCGUUCCCGUCCCCGGCCUUCGCCGCCGCGGCCGCCGCGGGGGCCCAUGCACAGGGGGAGGUGGGGGCGGACGACGACGGGAGCAACGAGGCCGAGGCCGCCUCCUGGCUCCUCCCCGAGCCCGACAACAGCCACGAGGACAGCGCCGCCGCCACCGAUGCGUUCUUCGCGGACUCCGACGGGUACCUCGGCGUCGACCUGGACUUCGCCCGGUCCAUGGACGGCAUCAAGGCCAUCGGCGUGCCGGUCGCGCCGCCCGAGCUGGACAUCGCCGCCGGCGGCUUCUUCUACCCCGACCACUCCAUGAACCACAGCGUCUCGUCGUCGGAGGUGGCGGUUGUGCCGGACGCGCUGGCGGCGGGCGGGCCGGCGGUGCCGGUGGUGAGCAGGGGGAAGGAGCGGGAGGCGCGUCUGAUGCGGUACCGUGAGAAGCGCAAGAACCGGCGGUUCGACAAGACCAUCCGGUACGCGUCCCGCAAGGCCUACGCCGAGACGCGGCCGCGCAUCAAGGGCCGCUUCGCCAAGCGCUGCUCCGCGGAGGCCGAGGACGAGGCGCUGGAGCACGAGGAGGGGGCGUGCUUCUCCCCCGCGGUGUCGGCGCCCGCGGCGUCCGACGGCGUCGUCCCGUCCUUCUGCUGAGGGAGAGACGGACGGCGACCCGGCGGCGGCCGCCCCGACCCCUCUCUUCCGCUCCCCGGCGACGACCUCGCUAAUUUUGCCGACUCUGAAUGGAUCUGAACGCAUGCGACGCGCGCGCUCCGUGUAGCAUGAAUAAUUGUACAGUAGUUCGAUGCACUGCACGAACUCAAUCGCAUUCGCACGGAACGCAUGCAAUCCUCCUCACCGUCUCUGUAAUCCAGCCUUGUACAUUAUCCAUCUAGAGGUGUUUGUGUUUCUCUUUUGCAUGAGUGCAUCUUCAACCUGAAAACUUCGUUGUUCA